CCCGAUCGAUUCUUUGUAGCCUAAAGUAAAGGCCUCUUGCUGUGCCUCAAACAAACUGAUGUUCAUGACGUAGACUCGGCGGGGCACAAUCUUGCGUCGGCUAUUCUAUCUAUGAACAAAUAACAGCGAAAUGUUGUUCUGCUUUCUGAUACCGCGACUAAUGGGUAAUUUUUUGAAAGAACAAUUAUACCGUCUUGGGCAGUCUAUCGCAAAUCCUUCUCACUAACCAAUUGCAGGUCCUUCCUCGUGGAUUUAAGUUAUAGAUACUGUGUUUAGACGGUAUCUUUCAACAUUUCUCAUUCCCAGGCAACAGAAUUCUCCGCCAAUGGGGGCAGGAAUGUGCUUGCAGGCACUACAUACUCCCAGCAGUCGAUAUGGCUCCUAUCACAAAGUUUACACCAGAGCUUCUGAUCACUGUUCCUCGGAGAGGAGCAGUAGUUCCUAACUCUGAUGGAACAUUGGGGAUUUUCCCUCAAUCGACACAUGUAAUAGGUGGAAAGACUUCAAAAGGGUACCAGAUUCUGACCGUCGAGACUGGCGAGAUUGAGCAAUGCAUUGUGGAUGACAAGACGACGGACGCAGUCUGGCUUGGCCACGACAACAACACCGUAUUAUACCUCACCCAAGGAGAAGGAGGGUAUACUUGGAUGAAGACCGUUGAUGCAAGAAACCCUUCCGCAGAGCCAAAAGUAAUUGACUUCAUUGAAGCACCGGUUAGUGACCUCAAGGUCAAGGCAUUAAAGGAUGGAUCGAUUGCUUUUGUAGUUGUUGGACUUGUGGAUGCAGAUGGCACACUCUACAACAGAGAAGAACAUGAAACUCCUCACAGUGCCAGAGUUACCGACAGCAUCAACCCUCGUGUAUGGGAUUCAUAUGUUCAGCCGCAGAAACAUACGCUCUGGUAUUCAACUAUGAUAAAGGAAGACAGCAAAUGGAAACUCAACAAGCCAUUGGUAAACGCUCUGGCUGGGACAAAGCUCAUUGCACCCCCUUUUAUGUACGAGCCUGAAAACCAUACGCAUCACUUUGACAUUGGUGAAAAAGGUAUCGUCUUUUCUGCCACAGAAAAUGACAUUGCCGACCCCACGAAUAUUGCGCCAAGCAGCAUAUACUAUCUGCCUUUUACUUCGCUAUCUACAACUUGCACGCAUACACCGAAUAUGAUAUUGUUGCAGACGGGUGGCGGCUCACAGUCAAGCUCUUCCCAAGGCUGGUGCUCAUAUCCAAAAUUCAGCCCUGAUGGAUCUGUAAUUGCUUUCCUAAGAGCACCGACCAGAGCAUCGUUAAAUCCUUCGAUAUGGGUGAAGUAUAAUGAGUCACCAAGUGCCGUUGAUGUAUUUGCAACGAUUACCAUGAAGAAGUGGGAAUUGAUACCCAGCGACUUCAAAUUCGCAGCUGAUGGUCAUUCAAUCUAUAUAGAGGCUCAAGACUCUGGUAGAGCUGCCCUAUAUGGGCUUGAUUUGCGACCCAACGCAGUACCUAGUCCUAUCAUACGCAACGGGUCUGUUUCUUCUUACCAUAUUCUUUGCCACGAUAAGGACGGUACAGAGAAGCUUUUGGUCACAAGUUCUAGUCUGAUUGAACCAUGGUUCUGCCAGGUAAUUCAAGCAAAGGGCUUUGCUGAUUUCGAGCCACAGAUCUUAUCCAACAUAUCACAGCAAAUCAAUCUUGGUCUAUCACAGGGGCAGAUAUCGGAGAUCCAUUUCAAAGGUGCUGGUGAUUAUACUGUGCAUGCAUGGGUGAUCAAGCCUAACGAUUUCGACCCGAACAAGAAAUACCCAUUGUGUAUUCUUGUACAUGGAGGGCCUUAUAGCGCAUGGAAUGAUGCGUGGAGCACAAGAUGGAACCCAGCUGUCUGGGCACAGCAGGGAUAUAUUGUUGUAACCCCAAAUAUUACGGGAAGCCAGGGCUUUGGACUUGAUAUGGCCGAAGCUAUUCGCAAUAGUUGGGGAGGACGUCCCUACGAUGAUUUGGUCAAGUGCCUUGAGUAUGUGAAGGAUAUUCGAGGCAUUGACAUGGAGAACGCAGUUGCAGCUGGCAAUAGCUAUGGUGGCUACAUGAUGAAUUGGAUACAGGGACACGAACUUAGCUGCCACUUCAAAGCUCUUGUCUGUCACGAUGGAAUUUUUGAUCUCCCGCUGUUCCUCCUAGAGUCUGACACGCUUGCUUCCAUGUCCGACGAAUUCGGCGGCCCGCCAUUUGUGUGGAGUAAUCCCGAUGGCCUUGAACGCUACAACCCAGCGCGCCCUGAACUUUUGAAGAACUGGAAGACACCGAUGCUCGUUAUUCACAGUGACAGGGAUUAUCGCGUUCCGGUCACCAGUGGCAUUGCCACGUUUCAUGCUUUGAAGGCGUUGGGCACUCCGGCAAGAUUCCUGAGUUUCCCAGAUGAAAACCAUUGGGUAUCGAAGGAGGAGAAUUCUCUUGAGUGGCACCGCCAGGUUUUCGCGUGGAUCAACAAAUGGUCGGGAGUAACCGCGAAUGGUGGUAACGCUUGAGGAUGAAGAAUGCUGCAGCGCAGUUCAUGCGCCCAAUGAUUUUGUUGAUGUUACUGCAUAUAUUGAAUGCCUUAUUCCUCGUGGUCAAAUACGAAAUCAUGAGCGCGCCGAGAAGUGAAUCUCCUAGGCUUCUAACUAAGUGUGAUAAUAACCGCAGCAGGAUGCAAAGAUAGUUUUCACCACAGCACUGCAUUGGAAGCUAUUAAGGAUCGGGACCGACUUAGAAAUAUGAUGAUCACGUAUAACG